AUAAGAAUAAUAUUUGCGAGACCCCUUCAUUGUUUGCCUGGGACGACCGUGCAACAUCUCAGCCCAACGUUUUUUCGCCUGUGGGCUCCCGCUAGCAAACGCUUUCAGACGCGACGCAAUGUUUUGUCUUCGAAGUUGGCUUCCCCUCCUGUUCAUUCCGACAAAUGCCUCUCCUGCAUUCAUCUUUCUCUUCUUCGUCUGCACGUACUUCCUCAACCGACCCUGCGUCUAUUGUUCCGUUCUACUCCUUAUAUUGUUUGUGACCUCUUGCUACUGGUCUGAGCGGUGCUUCUUCGAUUUUAGUAGCAAUUGGUUCGCCCCGCGAACUCCAACAUCAUCAUGUCCGGUCAACGGGACGGCGGUGUCUGAACCUAUGGUCGACAGUUUCAACGCCACCGCUAUUGAAAUGCUGAAUACUACAGCUAGCGCACUAGCGGGUGCUGCGGCCGAAGGGUUAGCAAAGAAAAGAGAAGAAUGGACAGGACUCGGCAUAGAGUGGCUUCGAAGCCUGCUCGGACGCCGUGAGUGGAGGAUCGAAUGCAUGGACCUGUAUAUUCGACUAUGAUCGCCUAUUAUACAUCAAGCAUGAUGCGGUACGUGAUACCAGCAGAUAUGGCUUUGAACGUUCCAUAUCCUGGAUUGUAAAAACAUAAUAAGAAUAGAUGCGAGAGUGUAAAUACAUGGCUUUGGCGUUAGUUGGACGGCGGAUGCGGCCUUACUUGUUGAACAUUCGCCUCGCGAUAAGGGGCACGGUCAAAUCACCCCAGCAUCUAGAUGAGGACAAUAUGUAUUUCAAAGAGCCUGGAGGAUAGCAUAACUGCAGACAUAGAAUAGGCACGAGCCAAACGAGAAUAAUUAAUGAAACUGUACCCGGACUAACACAAACACUAUACUCUCAGAGCAGAAUCUAGGUCCUGCCUAUGUUAACGGUACCUAAACUUGAGUCGUUACAGUUUGUUCUAUACCACGCCAAU